AUGAUUGAAAUGAAAAACAAAAAUGAAUCACCAGAAAACUAGGUUAAAUAAAAAACUUAAGAAGAAUAGGAUGAAUAGAGUAAUGUUAAUUCGUAAUAUGUCUAUUUUGCUUAAGAAAAUGAUUCUUAAAAUAUUGAAAUAGAAUAAUCUCAAUAAUUGUUUGUAUCCAAUCAAAAAUAAAACAAUACAUGCCAUUACUUUAAUAGUUUGCAAGCCAAAUAUCUAAAAACAAAAAACGAAAUUUCUCAUUAGUUCAAUUAUCUUAAAAGGAUAUUAAACCCAUUCUUCAUUAUUUAUUUAGUUUUAUCCUUUUUUUAUACUAUAUUAUCGACUUUGAAGAUAAAGGCUACAACAAAAAUAGUAUCCUCGUAUUAAUAUAUUAAGAACUUUUUCAUAAUUAAGUUUUAAAAAAUGUGUGAAUUUACCUGCUUUGUUCAUAAUUAAUUUUCGAUCUGCAUCAAAGAGGAGAAAUAAAACAAUAAUCAAUAAAUAGAACCUUAUAAUACUAAAUUACUCUAAGAUAAGGAUUAUUUAGGAAGUUGGUUUCAGAAAUAUGUUAUUUUAACUUUGAAAAGUAUUGCUACUUUAUUUAACAAAUGUAUUGCUACUUUAUUUAACAAAUGUAUUGCUUCUUUAAGAACGGCAAUUUAGGCUACUUAUAAUUUCUUCAUAACUAUUCUUAAGAUUUUUUUCAAUAGAGUUUUAUAUAUUCCAUUUAUUACCUUGCGCAUGCUUUGUUACUUCAUUGUAAUACAAGUAAUAAGUUGCUCCCUUGUUAUUAGGAUAUUCAUAAGAAUUAUGAAAUUCUUUUGGCAUCUAAAAAAACUACUUGUACAAACUGCUGAACCUGUACAACCUGCAGAACCUGUGCAACCACCCCAACCUGCUCAACCUAAAGAAUACCCUAUUGCCUUAAUAAUUGGAGAAGCUGGGGUUGGUAAAACAAAAUUCUAUAAUAAAAUAAAUGAUACGGAAGCCUUGUAAUAUGAAAUUGUAGAUACAAUCUCAUUUGAUUUUAAGAAUGAUAUUGAAUACAGGGAGUAGCAAAUAUCAGAAUUUUAAAGUAUAUUUGAUAGCAAACCAAAUAAAGUGGCUACAUUAUUCUUUGUUGUAAAGUUUGAAAGAACUGAUUUAAUGAAAAGGUCUAUACUGAAUAUUUAUCCCUACUUUAAGAAGUUUUAGAGUUAAAUAACCCUUGUGGUUACUCAUUUUGAUUUAAGUGAUGACUAGGAAUAAGAUAAAAUCGAUUUAUAAAGAGCAUUCAAAAUGUUUAAAGCAAAGUCAAUUCUAUUUGUUGAUCAAGAGGCAACUAAAGAAGAAUUAAUUGAUCAAAUAAGGGCUUCAGAUUGUUUAAUUCCUAAUUGA